GCAGACCUGCAAGACCGCCGGCAUCGUGGUGCGCAUGGUGACGGGCGACAACCUAAACACGGCCAUUGCCAUAGCGCGCGAGUGCGGCAUCCUCAUGGAGACGGGCGAGGCCAUCGAGGGGCCCAAGUUCCGCCAGCUCUCCAAGGAUCAGAUGAUGGCGCUGCUGCCGCGCCUCCAAGUGAUGGCGCGGUCGUCCCCCACGGACAAGCACACGCUGGUGAGCGUGCUGUGCGAGAUGGGUGAGGUGGUGGCCGUCACGGGCGACGGCACCAACGAUGCGCCCGCACUCAAGGAGGUCGACAUUGGACUCGCCAUGGGCAUUGCCGGCACCGAGCAGUAGGGGGUCGCAGGAAGGAUGAACAGAACCUUG